AUGGAAAUAUUUCACAAACAUCAGGGUGAAGGUAAAGUCCGAAUUUCCUAUGAGCUCUCGGAAGGGGAAAAACUAGGCACAGGCAACAGAAAGGUGCAGGUGAAGAAAUGCCUGGAUAGCUUUGGGAUUCCCUGUAAUCUGGAAGAUGUGCCCAAUAUUGCCAUCCUGGGAGCUGGGGGAGGUCUGCGGGCCAUGAUCGCCCUUCAUGGAACCCUGCAGGAGCUACAAAAGCAUGGUCUCCUGGACACCAUCAUGUAUCUGUGUGGGGUCUCAGGUGCAACAUGGUGUAUGUCAUCUCUCUACAACAAUGGGGACUGGGCAGAGAAAUUGCAGGCCUUGGAGAAACACAUGUGUGAUGCACUUAUCAAAUCCACCUGGAACCUCAAAAAGGCAACGGAAAUGCUACUCGAGGCAGCUAAGGAUGAAAACUAUUCCCUGACUGAGUUCUGGGCCUAUACCGUGGUCUAUGGAAUGUUACAUGAGCUGGACAAGGGGCACUUGUCGGAGCAGAGGGGUGCAUCUGAGCAUGGAAAUAAUCCCUACCCCAUCUAUGCAGCUGUGGAUGAGCGAAGUUUCUGCAAAGUAACUGAAUACUCUCCAGAAACCUGGUUCGAGUUCACCCCCCAUGAAGCCAGCUUUCUUGGCUAUGGAGCAAGUGUACCCAUGGAAUACUUUGGAAGUGAAUACAAGAAUGGGGUGCUAAAGAAGCAGAAAGAAGAGAAAAACAUGAGUUACCUACAAGGUUUGUGGGGAAGUUGCAUUGGCAGCAAAGAAGAAAAUGAAAAAGUCAUAAAAGAUAUGUUCUUUGGUAUCUUUAAGAGAAACAGGGGAUCGCAUUCACCAUUCUCGGUGGCUAACGAAAGUGGUUGGGAAGGAACAUUGGAGGGGUUUCCAGCACCCACCCUUGAACCUGAAGCCAGUGAUAUGGAAGGUGCUUUACAGAGUGGGCCAGGAGGACCUUCACCACAUACCUUUUCACCAGGUACUAUGGACAGUUCAAUUACUGGAGAAAUUGUGAGCGGCGUAGGCUCGGCAGUGGAUUUAGCUAGGAUGUUGUCUAAAACCACUUACGAUCUCUUGCACUGGAAAUGGGGAAUCAUUAGUAACUUUCUUUACAAAUGCUCUGGUAUUGACACCCCUGAGCUGGUGAACGAGAAAGUCAUCUCCUUGGUUGAUGCUGGCAUAGCCAUAAACUGUGCUUACCCCCUGGUUCUCCGCCCGGACAGGAAAGUGAAACUGAUCCUCUCCUUUGACUAUGGGCCUUUCGAUCCGUUUCAGACACUCAAGCAAGCUGCCAAAUACUGUGAAGAAAACUGCAUCCCGUUUCCUAAGGUGGAUGAGAAAUUGCUCCAAGACCCAGAUAACCCAUCCGACUGCUACAUCUUCAGAGGAGAGGGUGCUCCUACCAUCAUGCAUUUCCCACUUUUCAACAAAGUGAAUUGCCCAGGCUAUGUGAAGGAAUGGGGAAUUAAAUUCACCCCCGUUCGCUUUCUCUACAAUGAGGGACACGUCCACAAACUCCUCCAGUCAGCCAGGCUGAAUGUGUUGAACAACAAAGACAAGAUUCUGCAGGAGAUCAAACACAUUGUGGCUCGCUGCAGCAAGAAGGGUACCAAUAUGAACAUGCAGACUCAAAUAUUCAUGGUGUGA